CUCGCACUUGGACGCUACCGACCAACGACGACAUCGGGCGGCGACCCUACAAUUUGGAGAUUGGUAUUGCAGUCUAACCCCUCCUCAUCAUCACGAUCACGAAGACCACUCUGGCGGAGUCAGAGCAGCGAUUCUGAUUCGCAGCCAUUCAUCAACUCGCGCCCCUGGCCAAUUAGCCCCCGUGGACCCUGCCUGCACGCAACGCCUCACGACCUCUCACGAUUCCAGCUGCUCCAUCAAGUGCGAAAACAGUCUGCCUACAGCAAUCACGAACUGCACGCAAGUACUCUGCGCCAUCGCGAAGAUGCUCCUCCUCUGCUCAUACUAUUAAGAAGCCCGUCACGAAACGCACGACCACCAAGGACCCGCUAGAGCAGUGAUUCCUUCUUCCAUCCACGCAUCCGCCGCAAUGUCAGCCCCGCUUGAAGCCUUCGCAGACAUACCAGACGUGGAAACGACGAAUUGGAAUGCCGUCAAGCUACUUGCAAGUAAGCAUGGCAUUCAGCUGCGCUCCUACGCCGAAGAGCGAGAACGCCUUCGCAGCGAGGCCGACCAUGAUGGUGACGACUCCUCGUCUGCUGCCCUCGACCUCGGCGUGGGCACCCCAUUCAGAAUUACAGCGCAACCCAUCGAAGGCGGCAGGAUCAAAUAUCAAUUCAAGGCAAGGGAGGGCAGUGGCAUGACACCAUCGUCCUCGACUGGCUCCAUCUCAUCGCAGACGGGAGCAGCUGACUCAGGCGGAUCCUCCUCUCGCAAAGGCUUCGCCCAAUUAGCUGGCUCCAAGUCCAUCCCGGCGCUGAGAAAUCGACCAUCAAAUGCGCUUUUGAAGCUCAUGGGCCAGUCAGAUGCAGCAACUCAGCAACAGCAAGAACAACCACGAAGAAGGCGGCAGCGUGAACAGAAGGAGCAAUCGAAUGCCUCCUCAGACCUCAUCGGCGACGCCCUGCGCAAUGGCUCAGACAGCUUGCAAGGAGGCGAUGUGCUCAGCGCCAUCCUUGCGCUUGACAGUCAUGUUAGACCGCGCUCCAAGUCCGAGUCAAACACGCAGCGAGCAUUUGGUCGAGCAGUCGCCGUCAGUCCGAGAACUGCGGCGCCGACGGCGGCAACGAGUCCCUGGCAGCGCUCUCCCAUCCCACGAGUGCCUGACGUAGGUGAGCCGCUAUUCGAAGACCUCAACGCGUUCACUGCCGGGAGCCCCCCCUCGCCCAAGGCGCCUCUACUCUCUCCACCCCAGCCUGCGUUGACUCGUCAGCUCAGAGAGAUGCAGUCUUUCGAAUCGGCAGCAUCUGUACAGACAGCACGGCCGGGAGAGGAAGACGCUGCAUCACUACCGCCACCGAUCGGCGCCGGCAUUUUCGACGUGUUUCAAGCGUCAGCAAGCCAGUCGGUACGCGUAGAGUCGGGCAUGACCACGAGCGUUUCAUCCAACUCCGUCGAUAGCGGCUUGUCGAUCGGCGACAGCUCAAGCCUCUCAUCAUCGGCAGCUUCAGCGACCUCUGCUCAAGCAAUGUCGACGAGCGCAGCACCAGGAGAUGAUCCGAGAUUCAUUCUCUGGGCCAUCCAAGACGAGCCGCAAGGGAGCAGCGGCGCUAGUCUGAUCCUCUGCGACCGCAAUGGCAAGCAGCCAGGCGAAAUGUCGGAUCCCGCCUCUCCUGUCGUUGACACGAAGCGUCGCUCCUCCACGGCCACCGGUCCGAGCUCGUCUGCACGCAGACGCUCCGUCAGCCAGCAAUCUUCUCUCCUAGUCGCAACACCCAAAGCCUCGAAGCCGAUCCUGCUGGCGGCGACGCGCGCCCGUCUUGUGGCCGAGCUAACAUCAGAGAUAGACAACCGACUCAUGUCAUCGUUCUUCUACACCUUCCGCGCAUUUAUGAGUACGCACGACUUCCUCGACCUCCUAAUGCUGCGCUUCCAAUGGGCGCUAGAAGACCCGAAGAACCCACAGGACGACGCGUGCAGGCGCAUCGUGCGCGUGCGCACCUACGUCGUCAUCAAGGCGUGGUUGACGACAUUCUUUGAGCUGGACUUCCUCACCGAUCGGGCGCUGAGGAAUACGCUCACGACGUGGCUCAAUGCGUUGGGCGAGGAUGAGAGACUGCCGUCAAGGCCGGCGGAUCUGAGCAUUGUUAAGAGCCUGAAGAAGACGGUACGCAACCUGAAGGCGGCUUACGCUGAGGUGGGCGUCGGGGGGCUGCUCAAGGAUGAGGCUGGAUGGAGACCAUCCAGCGAUCCGGAUAGCGCUGACUUACCGUUGAGAGCCAAGGCAGGGAACAGUCGCUCGGCCGCUCUUUCCUCGUCCUCGAGCGGCGGCGGCGAGCAUCAGCAAGAAGCGGUAUUGCAGUCUCCUGCAUCCACUUUGUCCUCGUCAUCCUCGGCGCAGCACCAAGGCACGCCCGCAUCGCCUGCCACCUGGGCUCGACGCGGCGCAGGUGGUGUAGGGCUGGCGGACGAGGACGACUUCUACCCUUACGACGAUGCCAACAGCAUAGCAGGGCGCCAGUCACCUCCGCACCUCCCAUCCGGCAAUAGCACCAUCUCUCGCGCCUUUGUUAAUACCGUGGGGCGAAUCUCACGCUUCCGGAAGGCCAUGGGUAGCAAUAUGUUGCGCGACUCGCUCUCUGUCCAUCCUCACUCGACGGAUGGAUCGGACAUUGCGGCCAGCGGAGGAGAUGCUAUCGAUCUGCUCUACACGCGCGGCGGUGUGGAGAGCUACAUGCGGUUCUGCGGCUUGGAUCUGGAGGGAUGGAGCUCUCUUGCAGAGGAAGAAGAGGGAGAGACAGGAGCAGCCGCCGAAGGCGACGAUGAGCCAAGUGAAGAGAACCGCGACACAACGCCGAGUCUUUGCGCAUCCAGUGCCCCCUCGCGCAGCACCCCAGCUAGCUCCAUCGAUCUCGCGCGACAGAGAAGCGGGGACGGUCAAAGCUGGGAGCAUGGUGACGGUGAGGGCGGCAGCAAAGCAUCAGCCGCACUUGCUGAACCUAUGCUCGGUCUAGGCAUCCACGAGUACGAUGGCGCCCCGGCAGAGCAAGGGCAGCUUCAGCAGCCGAUCCAGCUUCUUAACCGGCCCACACCCUCUUCUGAUCAGCAACAGCUCGAGCACGCACCCAGCAAGGCAACCCUACGCACAGUCUCUAGCGGUGGAACAGAGCAAGGGCGGGAUGUAAGCACUGCUAGCCGUCGUCUCGGCCUUCAGCCCGCUAAGUUUGCAGGCCAUAUUCCGACCCGGAAGAGCUCCUCGUCCAUGCAUCGACGCUCUGUCUCAUCCCGCGCUGCGAGAGCCUCUGGCCCUAACAUCGUCCAGAUAGACGACAUCGACUUCUCCAGCGACGACGAUGAUGAUGGAGCUGUGCGACGCGCACUGAGGCGUCUGCCUGGUGCAAGGGAUCUGCGGAUCGCGAAGCACGUCGACGACCUACGCCAAGCGGCCCCAGCCGGAAGGUCGAGCUUCGACUCGAUGCUGAGCCUCGGGCGAGUAUACAAUACGGAACGAGAGCAUGAUCGCCAAUCUCUUGCUGGUCUCUCUAUGGCCUCGAACGGUGGUGCAGUCUCCACCAGGCCCAUCAGCGCAGCCCCGCGAGGCUUUGCAGCUGCCGGUCCCGUCGACUACUUUGAUGCGGAUGAGGCCCUAGCGGGAUACGAGCUCGUAAAGGGUUUCCGAGUCGAGGACUUCGGGAGCGACGAUGAGGAGCCCGGCGAUGUAGAGGAGGCGUUGCGCCGACUAGAAGGGUUCAUUGAUGAGGACAAGAAGGCGGAGCGGGCUAGGCGCGUCGAAGCGCUGUGGGAGCAGAGCCGGGCUAGGACGAGAGAGAAGGAGGAGGAGGCUGAAGAGGAAGGAGCCGCAGACGCGACCAGGAGCUCGGCGUCUGCCGUGUUGUCUUCGUCCUCGCGCGAUGCGGAUGAUGAGGAUGGGCAAGACGACUCGGGGACGGGCAAGGCAGUGCCGCAGGACGAUGUGGCAAGCGUCAUUACUACCGCCAGCGAUGGCGGUGUCGCUGCUCCUGCCGGCACACCCGCCGCAACUUCGGAUACCUCUCUUGCCUCCUCGUUCGUCAAGGUCGGUGACAGCCUGCAGGUACCCUCUAUCGCUCAGACGCCGGCGCCAGCUCGCCGUCAAGAGCGUACGCGCUCCGUCACGGAUGGCUCGCGUCGCCCAAAGACGGCCAUUCCCUCCUCCAGCAUGGCCACGUCGCCCCGUUGGGCGGCCGCGCUGCUCACCUACCAGCACGCGAGGCAAGGGAACAACGGCCCUCGCCCGUCCAUGGCCCCACCCACGUCUAUACGCCCCCAUCCGACUCACCACGGCCCACCGCCACCAAUGCACCGCUGCUUCCUCCUAAACUACAAGUCCGAAGCCAUCGCCCAGCAACUCUGCCUCAUCGAGGCGGAGCUGUUCAGCUCGAUCGACUGGACGGAGCUCGCCUCGGAUGGGUGGCGUCGACGCACGCACAAGGGCGAGGUAUUGGACUGGGAGUCCUUCUACCAAGCCCGAGUCCGAGCUAGGGCACAAGGCUCUGCUACCACGAGCACGGGUGCGGUAGAAGCGAUCAUCGCUCGCUUCAACUUGACCUGCAACUGGGUCGCCUCGGAGAUCGUCCUUACCCGAAACCUCGACGAGCGUGUGGCGCUCAUCAGCAAACUGAUCCGAAUCGCAUGGAAGUGCUAUCAGCAUAGCAACUUUGCUACUCUGGUCCAGAUCUGCUUGGGUCUGCAGAGUCCUUGGGUUGAGAGGUUGAGGAAGACGUGGUCGCGCGUUGGGAUGUGGGAGCAACGCAUCCUGCGAGACCUAAAGAUCUUCACGAGCCCUUCGAGGGACUUCAGGCAUCUCAGAGCGGCGAUGCGCGGCUUGGUGGGUGAAGGAGAUGAUGAUUUGAGUGGAGGCCGUGCCAAGGCUACGGGAGGCGUAGCUGCUGCGGCAAGCAAGGCUUCACUAGCCUCCUCAUCAUCGACAUCGCGCUCAGCCGGUUGUGUUCCCUUCUUUGGAAUCUUCCUCUCCGACCUAGCAAACAAUGACGCCCUUCCUACCUGGUUGGACCCUACCUCCCCAAAUCAGGCGGCAGCGCACCCCCCACCACCUCCUCUCAGUCAUUUGGCCGAGCCAAGGGCAUUCGACGGCCUGCCGCCGCUGCCACAGGGCGCGCACUUAGAGCCAAUGGUCAACGCGUUCAAGUUCCGCAACUUGGCUCGGACCAUCAAGACCGUCCUGGCAUUGCAAACCAAGUCUAUGGCCUACGACUUUGGCGCCGAUGCCGGCGUCUACGUCAAGUGUCUGAAGAUCAGGUGCUUGGAGGGGCAGCAGAUGACGCAGAUUUCGCACAUUGCGGAGCCUUGAUGUCCUCAGGAGCAAUACCCUCGACAACGAUGGCCACCAAGCUCUUCUCACGGAUCAUCGUACUGCCCAUGCACCAUCAGAAAAUCCUACUCUAUCCGGCUUCUCACAGCCUUCUCCCGUCUUGUCUCGGUCCAUCAUCUUCUCAGGCUUUGUUCAUUGCACUAGCGUCUUCUCUAUCUCCAUCCAUCGGCCCGCUACCAGUCAGUCAUCAUUACCGCUUCGCCCUCUAGUGCGCUGCUUUGUCACCCCACUGUGCCGCAUCAGCACACUAUCGACUUCCCUUGUCAGCCAUUGCAGUCGAUAUCCUCGACGCCCUGCCUGCCUCGGAGCUCACAAUACCAUACCAUUUGUCUCUGUUUUGAAGCUUCACCGAUUUCUUUUUGCUUGGUCGCACCGCCGCUUUCGCCGGCG